AUGCCAUGCCCACAAUAUGGAAGAACAAUGCUUGUCUAUCGAUGUUUAGCUGCACUGGACAGCCGGCCAAUGCCAAUUUUGCUGAUAAACUCACAAAAACCGAGCAUUUCGCAUGCCAAAGGCAGCGACGAGCUCGGCGUCCAUCGUCGGCAGCGAUACGUCUCCCUGUUUCGCGCGCAUCAACUCACUGCAUGUCGUCUAUGCACAGUACGCAUCCGGUCGUUGAAUUUUAUCAGCUUUGUUGGCCGCAAAAUCGCGCCACUAAUAGCUCCCAGUCGUGGUACUUGGUUGCGGUCUGACGCCGGCUCCGUCUCGACCUUCAAGCUCGCCGUACAUUUCAAGUACCGAGCGAUCCUCUUCGCAAGCUUCCAGUCAUGCAAGUGCGGCGAGUGUGUAAUUUACAGUCACGCGUCGCUGAAAUUGUGGAUCGUUGAAAUAGCGCGCGUGUUCGACGCCCAAGCAGCUCUGAGUCGUCUGGGUUCACGUCGUAGCUGUCUCCCCAAUCGGCGCGUAUGUCGAGUUGGCUUUCGCGAGUCAACUAGUGUAAAGAAGGUCACCAAUCGUCUCAUUUUGGUCGAGCGUAUACUCAGCUUUGCCGUCAAGCUUCACCCGUACCCCGAUACACUUGCUGACGAGGCCAAGCGUUUUAAUCGACCGUGA